AUGAGAGAAAUCAUUCAUUUAUCUACUGGUCAAUGUGGUAACCAAAUUGGUGCUGCUUUUUGGGAAACAAUUUGUGGUGAACACGGAUUAGACAACAGUGGAAAAUACGUUGGAACUGAUGACUUGCAAAAGUCCAAAUUGGAUGUUUAUUUUAACGAAGCAAGCUCUGGUAAAUACGUUCCUCGUGCCGUUUUGGUUGAUUUGGAACCAGGUACCAUUGAUAAUGUCAAAGCAUCAAAAGUUGGUAAUUUGUUUAGACCCGAUAACUACAUUUUUGGUCAAAGCUCGGCUGGCAACGUUUGGGCAAAAGGUCAUUAUACUGAAGGUGCUGAAUUGGUUGAUUCAGUUUUGGAUGUUGUUAGAAGAGAAGCUGAAGGAUGUGAUUCAUUGCAAGGUUUCCAAAUUACUCACUCAUUGGGUGGUGGUACUGGUUCUGGUAUGGGAACUUUGUUGAUCUCCAAGAUAAGAGAAGAGUUCCCCGACAGAAUGAUGGCAACAUUUUCUGUUGUUCCAUCUCCAAAAGUUUCCGAUACUGUUAUUGAGCCAUAUAAUGCCACCUUAUCUGUCCAUCAAUUGGUUGAAAAUUCCGAUGAAACUUUUUGUAUUGACAACGAAGCCUUGUACAACAUUUGUCAGCAAACUUUGAAAUUGCCACAACCAUCAUACACAGAAUUGAACAAUUUGGUUUCCUCGGUUAUGUCUGGGGUCACUACCUCUUUGCGUUAUCCAGGUCAAUUAAAUUCUGAUUUAAGAAAAUUGGCUGUUAAUUUGGUUCCUUUCCCAAGAUUACAUUUCUUUAUGGUUGGAUAUGCUCCAUUGACUUCAAUUGGCUCUAAAUCAUUUAGAUCGGUUUCUGUUCCUGAAUUAACUCAACAAAUGUUUGACGCAAAGAAUAUGAUGGCUGCUUCUGACCCAAGAAACGGUCGUUACUUGACGGUUGCUGCCUUCUUCAGAGGUAAAGUUUCAGUAAAGGAAGUUGAUGAUGAAAUGCACAAGAUUCAAACCAGAAACUCCUCAUACUUUGUCGAAUGGAUCCCAAAUAAUGUUCAAACUGCUGUCUGUUCUGUUCCUCCAAAAGAUUUGGAUAUGUCUGCUACUUUUAUCGGUAAUUCUACAUCUAUUCAAGAAUUGUUCAAAAGAGUUGGUGAUCAAUUUAGUGCCAUGUUUAGAAGAAAAGCGUUUUUGCAUUGGUAUACAUCUGAAGGUAUGGAUGAAAUGGAAUUUACUGAAGCAGAAUCGAAUAUGAAUGAUUUGGUUAGUGAGUAUCAACAAUACCAAGAAGCCAGUGUGGAUGAAGAGGAUUUGGACUAUGCCGAUGAAGUUCCGUUGGAGGAAGCUGUGAUGGAAUAA